GUCCAGUUCCUGGUCGGCGCAGUUUAUAAGAAAGCGGGCUUUCCCCCUUUGUUCUACUCUAUCGAAACCAUCAGUCGCCACCGUCGCCGGAGGAAGAGACUCAAGCUCCGACGUACACACCUUCUCUCCACCUACUCACCGCUGCAAUACAGUCUCUACUGUGUUGUGUAAGUUUUACUCUUCAACAUUCACCAACCAAUCCACUCUACAUUAUUAUUUUAUUUUUUUAUAUUAUGUUACAAUUAGAAUCGCCAUUGAAGCAUAUUUUUCAACUUUAUCACGAUUGUGAAGUGGAAAACUAUGGUUUGCAUUAGGUAUUUUCGUAGCGCGACAUUGAAAUAGGGAUUCAGGUUUUGUUGAAAACCUAGGGUUAUACUGAAAAUAUGGAUAAUAAUGAAGAUAUGCUUUCUGGAAAUGAUGAUAAGAGGAUUAAACCGGUGGAAAUUGGUUUGGAUUCUGAUAAUGAACCUAUAUUUAAACUAAAGAAGCCGCGUUGUGUUAAGAAGAAGCUUUGCUUGGUGUCAGAGGGGACUGGUGGGAAUGCUGCUGACUCUGUUGGGAAAUUUGUUGAUGUAGUAGUACAAGAGGAUUUGGGGGGUAUGGAUGAUACACUAGCUUGUUUUAGGAAGAGAUUGAAGGGUCCAAAGAGAGAUCGGGGCUCAAGAGGUGAUAAAGAGAAAGAUUCUAAUGUGAAUGUUGCGGUGGAAUCUUCUGAUGGGUCUUUGAAUGUUUCUUGCCAAUAUGAAGGUUUGGAUGAAAAAUCUUUGUUGAAUAAGGACAGUGCUUGUGAAGGGCAAGGUGCUGGAGAAAAUGGAUCUGAUUUGGAUAUGGAUAUGAAAACAGCGGGUAGCUGUCAAUUGAAUGUAGAAGGGCCUAAUGUGGAUUUGGCACUGAAGGGAAUUGAGGAUCUUGAUGUGUCUGAAGAUGGUUUGAUCGCAGAGGGAUCUAGAAAUAUUCCAAAAGAUGAAAAAGGGGUUGAUCCUUUGCUUGAUGCUGGUCUGCCACACUCUUCUGAUGAAACAAUGGGAGAUUCUUUGUCAGAAAUUUUACAACCAGCACAAUCUAGUUUUGUUAGUAAGUCUUGUGCUGCUGUAAGUUCAGAGCAGAAAUGUGGGAGCCAGAAUGUGAAUGACGGGUUGAGCCUUGACUCCAAAAGUGCCAGAAAAACUGCUGAGGGUGUACAUGAUUCAAACAUUCACGAUGGACCAUUAGCCGAUCCCUGUUUUUUAGCCAACGUCUGCCAUGGAGAUAGCCAGCAAUUGUCUUGUGUACAAUCUGAAGACACUUGUCCUCCUUCUGACCAAAAGGAUGCAUUAGAAGAAAGAAUUCUCAAUGAUGGUUUAAAGAAGUGUUCUGCAACAUUGCAUGAUGUUGAAGAAAUCACUGACAUUGUCUCUCUCCCGAAAUUGGGGGAAGGGGUGUCUCCAAUUAUUGAGGGUGAGCUCAAGAAUAACUUGACUGAUGACCAAGCAGAACUGUGUAAUAUUCCUUUAAAAUGCAGUGAUUUUACUUCCAAGGACAAAGAAAAGCUCCCCCCUUGUGAUUCUGGGCCCCUGACUAAAUCAUCUGAAAAUAUACGGGAUAAAAUUAAUCACCUGGUUUCUGAAAAUGUAUUCCAGGGAUCCUCAAGAAAUGGAGCUAUGGCAUUCUCUGGAUGCAACCCAAAAUUAGAUGAAGGUGUGCAUUCUGAAAGUAAGUUUGUCUCUGGUAGAAAUUGCUGCGAUCAGAAAAUUUUAGAUACAAAGGAUGAAGCAAGGAUUUUUGUUUCUGGUAAUUUGCUUGAAAAAAAUUAUGCAGCUUCCGGCGGUUGUUUAUAUCCUACAGUGUCCGAUGAAACAGUUAAAUCUGAAUUGGCUGCUCAGCUAAAUCACCUAGAGAUAGUACCUUUAGAAACACACAAUAUUCCAAAGGACUCUGUUGACUAUAUUCCAAAAUGCAGUUCAGUAUUAGAUCCGACUCAACCUUCCAAGAAUACAUUUGAAAAGGUUUCUCUUGCAAAUGGUGAUUGUUUCUAUGCCAAGAGAGAAACUGAAGAUGCCUCUCCUCAGAGUUCAAUUCCAGAGAAAACUGAGAAUUCUGCAGAAUAUGCUGCUUCUGUGUCUGAGGUAGCCCACUUUGAUGAUAAGACAUCAGCUGUUAUGCGCCGCAAGGGUAAAAAGCGUCGGCAGGGGGACAUGGCAUAUGAAGGGGAUGCUGAUUGGGAGGUUUUAAUAAACGACCAACCUUUUCUUGAAAGCCAAAGUGUUGUUGAUGGUGAGCGCAUUCUUAAACCAAGAGGGAAGCUUGAUUCUUUGAAUAUUGUUGAAGAGUCUGAAAGUGAUGCAGUAGCAGUAUCAGCUGGGCUGAAAGCCCAUGAAGCUGGUCCAGUUGAAAAAAUAAGAUUUCAGGAGAUCUUAAAGCGGAAAGGGGGUCUCCAGGAGUAUUUAGAUUGCAGAAACCAGAUCCUAGCUCUCUGGGGCUGUGAUAUCACACGUAUUUUGCCUCUUGCUGACUGUGGGGUUCGUGAUACUCCUUCUGAGGAUGAACCUCCUCGCUCUUCUCUUAUUAGGGAGGUCUAUACAUUUCUUGAUCAAUGUGGUUAUAUAAAUGUUGGAAUUGCCUCUCUAAAAGACAAUGUUGAAAAUAGUGCAAGGCAUAGUUAUACACUUAUAGGAGAAAAAGGAUAUGAAGAAAGUUAUGCAGCAUCUGUUGCUGAUUCUGAAGAUGGAGUUUCCUUUAUUGUUGGUCAGACUAAAAAGUCAGAUGCCCCUGUAGAAAUUAUGAGCAGUCUUAUAGUAGGUAAUGAAGACCUGACAACUGAAGCUAAAGAAGACAGGAUGAGUUUUAAUGUGGUGGCAAUGGAUACGUCAAACAUUACACAACAUGAAAAAAGAAAGUGUUUUGAUUGCGAGGAAAAAUCUGGGAUUCAGGAUGGAUUAAGUGGACUUGUACACGGGACUGAGCAAAGCAAUGAAUCUACCUGUGUUAAAUCUGCCUCGGGUGAUCAGAUAGGUGAUGUUCUGAAUUUUGAUUCAAAGAUUGGAAAGAGAGUGAUUGUCAUUGGAGCUGGUCCUGCUGGUCUAACUGCUGCUCGCCACUUGCAACGUCUGGGAUUUACUGUAACUGUACUUGAGGCAAGGAGUAGGAUAGGGGGUCGAGUAUUUACAGAUCGCUCAUCUCUUUCUGUCCCUGUGGAUCUUGGUGCUAGUAUUAUCACCGGUGUUGAGGCUGAUGUGGCUACUGAACGAAGACCAGAUCCUUCCGCGUUGGUUUGUGCUCAGUUGGGUCUUGAGUUGACCGUGCUAAACAGUGACUGUCCUCUAUAUGACAUAGUGACGGGACAAAAAGUUCCUGUAGAUAUGGAUGAAGCACUGGAAGCUGAAUACAACAGUCUUCUUGAUGACAUGGUAUUGCUUGUUGCCCAGAAGGGUGACCAGGCUAUGCGAAUGUCCCUUGAAGAUGGUUUAGAAUAUGCCCUUAAGAGGCGCCGUUUGGAACGCUCUCGAAGAAGUAACGAACAAAGAAGUGGCAAAGAAAUGGAAGAGGUCUUGAGUCCUCAAGAAAGAAGGAUUAUGGAUUGGCACUUUGCUAAUUUGGAGUAUGGGUGUGCUGCUCUGCUUAAGGAGGUUUCUCUUCCCUACUGGAAUCAAGAUGACGUGUAUGGAGGAUAUGGAGGAGCACAUUGUAUGAUUAAAGGAGGUUACAGCACUGUUGUCGAGUCAUUAGGUAAAGGGCUUGUCAUCCAUUUGAACCAUGUUGUAACAAACGUGUCUUAUGACAGCAAGGAAUCAGGCCUGGGUAAUAAAGUCAAAGUUUCUACAUCAAAUGGCAAUGAGUUCUUUGGAGAUGCUGUUCUGGUUACUGUUCCAUUGGGCUGCUUGAAGGCUGAAACUAUAAAAUUCUCUCCACCUUUGCCCCCGUGGAAAUAUUCUUCUAUUCAGCGUCUUGGAUUUGGAGUUCUCAAUAAAGUGGUCUUGGAAUUUCCUAGUGUGUUUUGGGAUGAUGCUGUGGACUACUUCGGAGCAACAGCUGAGGAGACAAGCAGAAGAGGCCACUGCUUUAUGUUCUGGAAUGUCAAGAAGACAGUGGGGGCUCCGGUCCUCAUAGCAUUAGUAGUUGGGAAAGCGGCCAUUGAUGGUCAGAAUUUAAGCUCUUCUGGUCACGUCAACCAUGCAUUAAUGGUUCUUCGGAAACUUUUUGGGGAGGCUUCAGUACCUGAUCCUGUUGCUUAUGUUGUCACUGAUUGGGGGGGGGAUCCUUUUAGCUAUGGUGCUUACUCCUAUGUUGCUAUUGGAGCAUCGGGAGAAGACUAUGAUAUAUUAGGGAGGCCAGUUGAUAAGUGUUUGUUUUUUGCUGGUGAAGCAACCUGCAAAGAGCACCCUGAUACAGUUGGUGGUGCAAUGAUGAGUGGACUCCGAGAGGCUGUGCGCAUAAUUGACUUAUUGAACACUGGAAAUGAUUAUACGGCAGAGGUGGAGGUAGUGGAGGCUAUACAGAAACAGUCAGAUACAGAAAGAGAUGAAGUUAGGGAUAUUAUAAAGAGACUUGAUGCAGCAGAGCUUUCCAACUUAUUGUACAAGAAGUCUUUAGAUGGUGCUCGAAUCUUAAGCCGGGAAGCUUUACUGAGGGACUUGUUCCUUAAUGCAAAAACCAAUGCUGGGCGCUUGCAUGUGGCCAAACAGUUGCUAAGUCUUCCCGUUGCAAACUUGAAAUCCUUUGCUGGGAGUAAAAAGGGGCUAAACAUUCUCAACUCAUGGAUACUGGACUCAAUGGGGAAGGAUGGCACCCAACUCUUGCGACAUUGUGUGCGUCUUCUUGUGCUUGUUUCAACUGAUUUGCUUGCUGUGCGCUUAUCAGGCAUUGGGAAAACAGUGAAGGAAAAAGUUUGUGUACACACUAGCCGUGAUAUUCGUGCUAUAGCAAGUCAAUUGGUUAGUGUAUGGCUUGAAGUCUUUCGCAAGGAAAAGACAUCUAAUGGAGGACGAAAGCUGUCAAGACAUGCAAAUGCCGUAGAUAUAUCGAAGAGAAAAUGUAUUAAAGAUCCAGCAUCAGGAAAACCACCUCUGAGUUCGUAUCAUGGUACUUUUGAGAAUAAAGGAGGUAUCUUAACUCCUGCAAUGGAUUCAGCUUCCAUUGCACAAAUGAAAAAAUCCCACGGCAAACAAGGAAGUCAGCAAGCGGUAAAUGACUUAUGGCAUGAUGUCAGUUCUUCUAGAUCCCAAGGUUCAACAGGAAAAACAGACACUGAGAUGAAGGAUACCCACUGUGCUAUGUCUGAGGAAGAAAAGGCUGCUAUUGCUGCUGCAGAAGCUGCUCGUGCAAAAGCACUUGUUGCUGCCGAGGCAUAUACCUCUGCAGAAGUUAGGAACAGUGCGCAACUCCAGCUUCCAAAGAUACCCUCAUUCCACAAAUUUAAGAGGCGGGAACAAUAUUCACAAAAUGAUGAGAGUGAUAGUAGGAAAAAAUGGUCUGGUGGUGUCUUGGGAAGGCAAGAUUGUAUUUCAGAGAUUGAUUCUAGAAAUUGCAGAGUUAGGGACUGGUCUGCUGAUUUCUCUGCUGCUUGUGUUAACCUCGAUAAUUCCAGAAUGUCAGCUGAUAAUCUCUCACAGCGGAGUCAUUCAAAUGAGAUUGCAACCCAUUUGAACUUCAGAGAGCACUCAGGAGAAAGUGUUGCUGUGGAAAGCAGUUUAUACACCAAAGCUUGGAUUGACUCAGCUGAUGGUGAGGGAAUAAAAGACUAUCACGCCAUAGAGAGAUGGCAAUCUCAAGCAGCUGCAGCAGGUUCUGAUUUUUCCAAUCCAGCCAUACAUUUGAAAGAUGAAGAGGGUUCAAAUGCCUGUUCAAGGUUACGCCGGAACCAUGAUGGAGUGGCAAAUGACAGCUCUAUUUCACAGGUUACUGUGAAUAAGGAGAACUCAAAAAAUCAUUCUCGAGGAGCAGAUUGUAUCAAAAAGGCUGUAGCAGAUUAUGUUGCGUCUUUACUUAUGCCUCUUUAUAAGGCAAGAACACUAGACAGGGAUGCAUACAAGGCUAUAAUGAAGAAAAGUACAGCCAAGGUCAUGGAGCAAUCCACAGAUGCAGAUAAAGCCUUGACUGUUCACGAUUUUCUAGAUUUCAAGCGGAAGAAUAAGAUUCGACCUUUUGUUGACAAAUUGAUUGAGAAACACAUGGAAAUGAAACCAGAUGUGAAAUCUUAGUGUUGUUUGCAGCUCGUUGAAGGAUUUUUGGAAUCUGUUUAUUCUUAUGGUCUCUGGUGGCCAUGUGCUUGCUCUCACAUAAGUACUUCAAUCUUCCAAUGUAUGUACUACAGGAGGCUUUAGUAGAUAAACAGAUAAUAUAUUCUGUUCAGCUCAAAUCAAGUGCGCUCUAUGCAAAAUGCAGCUUUCUCUCAGCAUUCUUGCAGUUCAACAGAAUACCAGAGUACUCUGCAAACCGGCUUUACUAUUUUAUAGUGAACGCUCAAUGCAAUUGCUGGUUGAAUCCUUUGGAUGCCAGGCUUCUGGAAGUUUGAAGAUGACAAUAGACUCCAUUAGUCCCAUCUUUUCACCUUCAUCUUUUGUAAAGACUGCUCUUGAAGGUUGAAAACCUAAUACCCCAUUUUUUUGAAGGGGUUUUCUUUUGACGGACAAUGACAUUAAUUGACUUUACGAAUUCCCUCUAUCUGUACAGCUUAGGGUUGUUUUAGCGCUGACAAGUAUACAUAUCCAUUUCACUGUGGCCUGUUAGAACACAGUGUUGUUCAGAUUUUUUGAGUUCAAAAUGAAUUACAAACUUUAUUUCAUUCUCCAGAAUGGGGAAAGAACUAUACCGGCUCUAUGAGAUCUUUGAUUUACCAUUUUUUUGUUUGUUUAGUUUCGUGACCUCUCUUUUGUGUGUUUGUUUGUAUGUCGAGUGUGCUAUGAAAAAUCUAGAAUAGUAGAAUUGUGAUUGCCUCAUUAACAGAGCUAUGAAAUCAAUUCAGCUCUAAUUACUGUUUAAA